AUGGUGAUGGCAGCGACAGAGGAGAGUCCGAGAAGCCCAGAGGCGAAGGUGGGGAUGCGAGUGGAAGAUUUAUGGGACGUUCAAGAGCCGCAGCUCAGUCCCACUGAAAAGCUUAAUGCUUGCUUUGAAAGCAUCCCCGUCUCUACCUUUCCUCCUGCCCCUCUUAAUCAAGUAAUUGAGAUAAAAUCGGAUAGCAGUCUAGCUGAAGCUGUUCAAAUUUUGGCCCAACAUAAGAUCCUCAGUGCACCGGUGGUGGACGUUGACGCACCUGAUCAUGCAAGCUGGAUUGAUAGAUACCUUGGAGUCGUUGAGUUUGCUGGAAUUGCCGUUUGGAUUCUUUAUCAGUCGGAACCUCCAUCCCCGAGAAGUCCUAGUGAUGGAAGUGCUGUGGCGGCGGCAAGAAAUGGGGUGAUAUCUCCUUUAGAACAGCAGGUACUCGGCCCUGAAUCCGCUGCAGUGACGUCGGGAAGCUUUUUCGAGUCGUUAACUUCCUCUGAAUUGUACAAGAGCACACAGGUGCGAGAUAUCUCGGGAUCUUUCCGUUGGGCGCCAUUUCUUGCGUUGCAGACGUCGAAUUCCUUCUUGACAAUGCUGUUACUGCUAUCAAAGUACAAAAUGAAAAGCAUACCAGUGGUGGACUUGGGGGAGGGAAAGAUUGAGAACAUCAUUACACAAUCAGCUGUGAUUCACAUGUUAGCAGAAUGUGCAGGGCUUCAGUGGUUCGAAAGUUGGGGAACAAAGACGCUCUCGGAGCUCGGUCUUCCGAUGAUGUCGCCGGCUUCUAUUGUCAAGGUGUACGAGGACGAGCCUGUUCUUCAAGCAUUCAAACUUAUGAGGAAGAAGAAGGUUGGAGGUAUACCUGUUAUUGAAAAGGGUGGGAGCAAGGCUGUAGGCAACAUUAGUUUAAGAGAUAUUCAUUUCUUGCUCACUGCACCAGAAAUCUACCACGAUUACAGAUCGAUAACGGCCAGGAACUUUCUGACUGCGGUUAGAAGCUACUUAGAGAAGCAUGAAGCGUUCUCUCCUAUGCUGAGCGACAUGAUUGCGUGCAAGAAGGAUCACUCUGUAAAGGAUUUGAUUUUGAUGCUCGACUCGAAGAAGAUCCACCGUGUGUAUGUAGUCGACGACAAUGGCAAUCUGGAAGGAGUUGUCACCCUCAGAGAUAUCAUCUCGAGGUUAGUCCAUGAACCUCGCGGUUACUUUGGCGAUUUCUUCGACGGUGUUCUACCAUUGCCUGAGAAUAGUCGGGUUUGAGAGUGAGAUGCUAGCUAGCAUCAGCAUAAUGUAGUGGGCACUAUAGUUAGGAUAAACAGUUUGGCCCUCUUCAUUUAGUUUUCUGUUGGGUGUGUUUGUUGCUGUCCUCUUCGAUGGUUUGUCGAAACCGAUUGAACGUGCAGAUUGUAAACAUAGGCAACUUAUAACCUGUAGUUAGUUCUCUUGUGGUUUUCCCCCUCUUUUUCCUUACAUUUUCUGGAAGAACCAAAGGGGAAACGAGUGCUUUUCCUUCAAGUGUUUGAAAUGAAGAGUAAAAUUAUGUAA